UUACAUGCCAAGCUUAUUCUUUUGACUUUGGAAGCCUUCCAGGGAUGGAUGGGGGACUAUGUUACCUAUAUAUAUGUAUGUAUUGCUGCAGCUAAGAGUACCUACGCCUCCCAAUCCCGAAACCACCACUUUUCUUCAGCUUAGUUUCAGACAAGCAGGAAACUUCUAAUAGGGGUUAAAGAAGGUAGCAGAUCCAGUGAUGGCUCGAGAAUUGGGGGUUCUCAACACACUUGAUGUGGCCAAGACACAACUGUACCACUUCACUGCAAUUGUGAUAGCUGGAAUGGGCUUCUUCACUGAUGCCUAUGAUCUCUUCUGCAUUUCCCUUGUCACCAAAUUGUUGGGGAGGAUAUAUUACACAGAACCAAAUGCACCAAAGCCUGGAACUCUUCCUCCUAAUGUUCAAGCUGCUGUCACUGGUGUUGCAUUUUGUGGAACAAUAGCAGGCCAGCUAUUCUUUGGUUGGCUUGGUGACAAAAUGGGGAGAAAAAAAGUCUAUGGUUUAACUCUUAUCAUAAUGGUAGUGUGUUCAAUUGGCUCAGGCCUCUCUUUUGGGUCAAGUGCAAAGAGUGUCAUGGCAACACUAUGUUUCUUCAGGUUCUGGCUUGGAUUUGGGAUUGGUGGUGACUACCCUCUUUCUGCUACAAUCAUGUCUGAAUAUGCCAACAAAAAGACUCGAGGCGCAUUCAUAGCUGCUGUGUUUGCUAUGCAAGGAUUUGGAAUCCUUGCUGGUGGGAUAGUUGCCUUGAUUAUCUCAGCUGCAUUUGACCACAAAUACAAUGUUCCAUCAUAUCAUGAAAAUCCAGCAGCAUCCUUGGUACUUCCUGCAUUUGAUUAUGUUUGGCGUAUGGUUUUGAUGUUUGGUGCAGCCCCAGCAGCACUUACUUUCUAUUGGCGUCUGAAAAUGCCGGAAACAGCUCGCUACACAGCCCUCAUUGCCAAGAAUGCAAAACAAGCGGCUGCAGACAUGUCUAAGGUGUUGAAUGUUGAACUUGUAGUUGAGCAAGAAAAGUUAGAGACAAUUACAGAAGCAGCUAACCAUCAGUAUGGUUUAUUCAGCAAGGAAUUCGCCAAGCGCCACGGGCUGCAUUUGCUGGGAACCACUUCCACUUGGUUCUUAUUGGACAUAGCAUUCUACAGCCAGAACCUUUUCCAGAAAGACAUAUUCAGUGCAAUUGGAUGGAUCCCUCCAGCUAAAGAAAUGAAUGCAAUCCAUGAGGUUUACAAGAUUGCAAAAGCACAAACACUCAUAGCACUAUGCAGUACUGUGCCAGGUUACUGGUUCACAGUAGCACUUAUCGAUCACAUGGGCCGUUUCGCUAUCCAAUUGAUGGGUUUCUUCUUCAUGACUGUGUUCAUGUUUGCCCUGGCUAUACCCUAUGAUCACUGGACCCAAAAAGAGAACAGAAUUGGGUUUGUUGUGAUUUACUCACUCACAUUCUUCUUUGCCAAUUUUGGUCCAAAUGCCACCACUUUUGUUGUGCCAGCAGAGAUUUUCCCAGCAAGGUUGAGGUCUACUUGUCAUGGAAUCUCAGCUGCUGCAGGAAAGUUAGGAGCAUUGGUGGGUGCAUUUGGGUUCUUAUAUGCUGCACAAAGUAAGGACCCCUCCAAGACUGAUGCAGGGUACCCAACUGGUAUUGGGAUUAAGAACUCCCUUAUUAUGCUUGGUGUGAUCAACUUCACUGGGAUGUUAUUCACCUUAUUGGUUCCAGAAUCAAAGGGAAAAUCACUAGAGGAAUUGACUGGGGAGAAUGAAGAUGGUGUUGAGGAAAUUGAGGUAGUAGGUUCUGCAAGGACAGUUCCAGUUUGAUUCAAGUGUGUGAUAAAAAAUUAAAGUUGUGUUUCAGCUAUAUGAUAAGGGGUGCUAGAACAAUUAAAAAGUGUAUGUUUUUUGUGUUGCUUUUUAGUUAAAAUUCACAUUUGUAUUAUACACGUUAAUAAACAAUACGCAUGUACUUUGUUUGAGUGUGAUGACAUAAAUAUAUAUAUGUAUGUACUAUUUACUUAACUAGUCACAAUAUUUAUUUUGUGA